AUGGAAAACAGUACUGAGGUGACUGAGUUCAUUCUUGUGGGGCUAACAGAUGAUCCGAAACUGCAGAUGCCACUUUUCAUAGUCUUUUCCUUCAUCUACUUCAUCACUCUGCUUGGGAACUUGGGGAUGAUUAACCUUAUCCUGUUGGACUCUCGUCUCCACACACCCAUGUACGUUUUCCUCAGUAACCUCUCCCUGAUGGACUUUGGUUAUUCCUCAGCUGUCACUCCCAAAGUGAUGGCAGGAUUCCUCACAGGAGAAAAAAUAAUCAACUAUAAUGCUUGUGUCAGCCAGUUCUUUUUCUUUGCAGCUUUCAUCACUGUAGGGAAUUUUCUCUUGGCCUCCAUGGCCUAUGACCGCUACACGGCAGUGAGGAAACCCCUGCAUUAUACCACCACCAUGACGUCAGGUGUGUGUGCACGCCUGGUCAUAGGCUCCUACAUCUGUGGUUUCCUGAAUGCCUCCAUCCACACUGGGGACAUGUUUAGUCUCUCCUUCUGUAAGUCCAAUGUGAUUGAUGAUUUUUUCUGUGAUGCUCCUCCUCUCUUGGCUCUCUCAUGUUCAGACAAAUACAUCACUGAGAUGGCUAUUUUUUUGACGGUUGGUUUCAAUGUCCUCUUUUCUGUCCUGAUCAUCUUGUUCUCCUACUUGUUUAUAUUUAUCACCAUCCUGAGAAUGCACUCAUCUCAGGGCCGCCAAAAGGCCUUUUCCACCUGCGCUUCCCACCUCAUUGCAGUCUCCAUCUUUUAUGGGACAGGCAUCUUCAUGUAUUUACAGCCCAGCUCCAGUCAUUCCAUGGACACAGACAAAAUUGCAUCUGUGUUCUAUACCAUGGUCAUACCCAUGCUGAACCCUCUGGUCUAUAGUCUGAGGAACAAAGAGGUCAAGAGUGCCUUUAAAAAGGCUGUAGGAAAGGCAAAGUCCUCUAUAGGAUUCAUAGUUUAA